AAGCGAAAUGCCAAGCCGCUGGGGUUCCGUCCAGUUUCGACGGGUGAGUUUGUCAAGCAACCGCUCCUGGCAGCACCUGCACUGCGAGACCCCAAACAAAACCUCUCCAACUUUCCUUCCCUGCUCCGAUUUGGACGCGGAAUCCCCUGCCUUAUCUCCACUGAAGCUCCCCUUCUCCGACCGUAUACCGAUUCACGCUGCAUGCGCGCGGUUUAACUCUUCGCCUGCCCUCACCCCUCCGACCGCCAUCCGCUUCUCUUCAGAGCCCUGCCCCGCAACCAUGGCCGCGAACGGUGUGCAACAAGCUUUUGCGUCGGUGUUGGCAGCACACAAUACUAUGUCGUCGGGGGCGGAUAGGGCGCAAAAGGAGCAGGCACAUAGGUUUUUGGAAACUUUCCAGAAGUCGAACGAGGCAUGGGCAGCUACAAUAGCUAUUCUAGAGGCCAACGAAGUUGAGCCUUCCGCGAAGCUUUUUGCUGUAACAACCUUGAAGGGAAAAAUAAUAUACGACCUGCACCAGAUACCGCGCCAGUCGCUUCCCAACCUCCGGGACACACUCAUUAAGAAUCUGGCAACCUACCAUGCGGGGCCAAAGCCGAUUAGAUUGCAGCUAUGUGUUUGCCUGGCCAAUCUGGCUAUCCAGAUGACCGAAUGGAAAGAUGUGCUGUCUCUCAUAGUUUCCACCCUCGGGACCGAACCCGCAACGCUUCCUUGCGUGUUGGACUUCCUUCGUGUGCUCCCUGAAGAGGUCUCGUAUGGUCGCAAAAUCAACCUCACUGAAUCCGAACUGAGUAUAAGGACAGCCGAAUUGAUCGAGGAGAACGCGCUUCAGGCCCUUCAGUUGCUGGUGCAAUACGCACAAUCAUCCGCGUCUGCGGCUCGGAAUCCCCAAUUGCUUUAUUGCAUUACAUCCUGGAUGCGCGAGAUACCCUUGGACAAUAUUAUCAACUCUCCCUUACUUAAGAUCAUCCUCGACGACCUGUCCGCCGACGAACCCUUUGAGGCUGCCGUUGAGUGUUUGUGCGCUCUCAUUGCCGAGACCAGGGAUGUGGAUGAAACAAUGUCCAGUAUACUGGUACUGUAUCCACACGUCAUCGCUUUGAGGCCUAUGAUUGCGGAAGCAGCCAGGGAUGAGGACGCCGAGAAGUACAAAGGCAUCGCGAGGAUUUUUGCUGAGGCUGGGGAGUCCUGGGUCCUUCUGAUUGCAAGGCUGCCUUCCGAGUUCCAGGACCUCGUUUCUGCCGUCUUAGAAACCGCAGCCCUUGACAAGGAGAGAGACGCGAUAUCUCACACGUUCAAAUUCUGGUACGACCUCAAGCAGUACCUAACCUUGGAGAAGUACGUGCAGGCUAGGGUCCAGUAUGGCCCCAUUUACUCACGCCUUGUCGAUAUCAUGAUAGCCCAUCUAGAGUACCCAAAGCCAGAAAACGGCGAUGAGAAGGAUCUGUUUGAGGGGGACCGAGAGCAGGAGGAGAAGUUUCGAGAGUUCCGUCAUCAAAUGGGCGACGUGCUCAAAGACUGCUGCGAAGUCAUAGGCGUCAGCGAAUGCUUGAAGAAGCCGUACGAUCUCAUUCAGGCCUGGGUCCAGACUUUUGGAGCACAAGCAGCGCCAUAUCACGUACCCGAAUGGCAAAAGCUGGAGGCCGCAUUGUUUGCGGUACGAGCGAUGGGGCGCAUGGUAGCUCCAGAGGAAGACGUCAUGCUUCCCCAGCUAAUCCCCCUCAUCGUCCAAAUCCCGGAUCACCAGAAGGUCCGGUUUCAAGCCGUAAUGGCACUGGGCCGCUACACCGAAUGGACCGCACACCACCCAACUCUCCUGCAAAUGCAACUGGAUUACAUCAUGGCCGCAUUCGAUCACUCUACGAAGGAAGUCGUGCGUGCAGCUGCGCUCUCGUUCAAAUUCUUCUGCAAUGACUGCGCCAGCCUGCUCGUAGACUACGUUGAGCCACUGCAGCAGUUCUACUCCAAGCACCUAGACCGUCUGCCCAUGAGCAGUCAGGAAGAGAUAACUGACGGCGUUGCCUCGGUAGUCGCACAAUUGCCCGCAGAACGGAUCUACGACACUCUUAAGCUGUAUUGCAACCCCGUGGUGCAGGGACUGGUUGAUCUUGCCAAUCGCGCAAAGGAAGACGAAGAGCAGAAGCUGCUAGCAGACCGCGUUAACCUCAUCACCGUUUUCUUUGAGGUUGUGAAACCAGUAGUCCCGCUUGGUACAGAGCACCCUGGGGUAAAAUACUGCCAGGAUAUCUUCCCAAUCUUAGGUCACAUCGCAACUCACUUUUCCAACAGCGUUCCUGUCUUGGAGCGAGUGUGUCGAUGCUGGCGGUACAUGGUGCUGUCCUAUGGGAAGGCCAUGCAACCGCUGCUACCUGAACUCGCGAACCAGCUCUCACAAGGCUUUGAAAAGUCCCGACAGGGAUGCUUCCUAUGGGCUACGGCUUCGAUUGUCAGAGAAUUUUCGCAGGGAGAGGAAAGGGUGGAUACCACCAUGGCUAGUGCUGUGUUUCAGUUUUAUCAACAGCAGGCGACGACGUUUCUGCGCAUACUAAACGACCUGCCUCCUGAGCAUUUACCUGACUUGAUUGAGGAUUUCUUCCGGUUAGCAGCUGAUAUGGCGCUUUAUUUCCCCAACGAAUCGAUAACCUCGCCGCUGAUGGAAUCCAUCUUGCAAGCAGCAUGUAGUUCGUUGACCCUCCUCAAGGAGGAACCGUUGAUCGCCACAUUGCACUUUCUCCGGGACCUGGUCGGAUACGGACGGAAUUCGCCCCCUUCUUCGUCCUUCGACCUGGGCCGGCAUGAUGUACCCCAAGCGCUACAAGAUCGCGUCAAGCAGCUAAUCAUGGGGAGUGGAGUGGAACUCGUCCAACGCAUCAUGACGGGCAUGAUGUACAGCUUCCCGGAGGGUUGCUUCGCAGACUCGUCGGGGGUGCUUCUGGAGCUGUUCGAGCUGAUGCCCGAGCAAGUGGCUCUGUGGGUUCAACAAACGGUGGCCAUGCUGCCGGCAGGCUCGAUAACGCCACAGGAGUCGGAACGAUUCCUCAACAACAUCCGACAGCGCAUCCAGUCGAGGGAUAUCCGCAUGAUCCGAAAUAUCCUCCAGGACUUCACCAACUCAUAUCGGAGGAGAAAUGUGGCGCCGCGCGAGGGACUGGGUCGGCUUGAGGCCUCGCGGUUCAGGUUCUCUGGUUAGCUGCUGGGAGGCUCGAUGGGCGGCGUGGGCAAUUAGGAAGGUUUCCGGUCUGCAGGUUGUCAAGUCCGGCAUGGGACGAUACAGAUGCGGUGUAUAGAUAGAUGAUGAGAUAUUCGCUUCUGUGAUGUGGUUCCCUUUUCAUUGAUGUCUCAUGCCUUCUCCUCGAGUUUGAUUGAUUUUCGAUGUGGCGUUGUGGUGGAUGGCAGUGGCAGAGGAUGCAUGCGCCUCGGACGCUUCCGGGUGGAGCGACAGGAUAUGCGGUGCAUGGAGAGUGUACAUAGGCAGGUAGAGGUGCUUCUACAUUGUGGGAUGUAGCUGGGUGGAAGGAUAUCCACCGUUGGAUUCAUAUUAGUAGGCGCAUCUCCAUAUCUGGACAGGAGGAGCCGUCUGUUCCAUUGUCACUGUCAGUACAGUAGUGGCCGCCGUAGGACGAGAUUAUUAUUAGUUGGUCC